AUGAACAGAUCAAGACGCGCUCCUCGCCUCGCCGCGCUCGCUCUGUCCCUCCUCCUCUGCUUCCUCCUCUCCUCAACCCCCGUCGAGUCGGUGGGAGUCUUCACCAUCAUCAACCAGUGCAAGACGACAAUCUGGCCCGCCGCAACGCCAGGCGACAGCUUCGGCGGCGGCGGGUUCGCGCUCCGGCCGGGGCAGUCAGCGGUGUUCAAGGCUCCAGCAGGUGGCUGGUCGGGCCGCAUCUGGGGCCGGACGGGGUGCGCCUUCGACGCGUCGGGGAACGGCACCUGCGCGACGGGCUCGUGCGGGCCGUUGCUGAAAUGCGGCACCUCCGGCGCCACGCCCGUCAGCCUGGCCGAGUUCACGCUCGCCGCCGACAAGGACUUCUACGACGUGAGCCUGGUGGACGGGUUCAACCUGCCCCUGACGGUGCGCCCCGUGAACGGCCACGGCGGCGGCAACUGCAGCGCGGCCGGGUGCGACGGCGACCUGAGGGAGACGUGCCCGCCGGAGCUCGCCGUGAAGGGGGACGGAGGAAGGACGGUGGCGUGCCGGAGCGCGUGCGACGUGUUCGACACGGAUCAGUACUGCUGCCGCGGGAGGUUCGGCAGCCAGCCCACGUGCCCGCCCACGCCCUACUCCAAGAGGUUCAAGGACGCUUGCCCCACGGCUUACAGCUACGCCUACGACGACGCCAGCAGCCUCUUCACCUGCUCCGGCGCCGACUACAUCAUCACCUUCUGCGCCAGCAGGUAG